AUGGAGCCGGGCGAGCUGCCGGCGGAUCUGACCGUCGCACACGCGGACCGCGUCGACGUGGUUGUCGACGACGCGCCGACUCGCGCACCCGCUCACGUGGCGGCGAGGGAGCGCGAGUGGAGCGGCGAGGGCGGGCGGCGCGCGUGCGGCGACAGGGUGAGCGGCGAUCGCGCGUUCCAGUGGCUGCUGGCGCCCGUGUCGCCCGCGCGGUUCUACGAGCAGUGGUGGGAGCGCCGCGUGGGCCUCGUGCUUCGCCCGCUCAGCAGGGAGUACUACACGGGGUGGUUUGGGCGUGCUGACGUGGACAAGCUCUUGACGGCGGGUGUGCUGUGCUAUGGCACCAACAUCGAUGUCGUGCGGUACAGUGCGGUGCACGGCGGUGCACGGGAGACGCUUAAUGGGGAGGGCGUGGCAGACGCGGAGAGGGUGUGGGCGUUGUUCGAGAGCGGGUGCUCGCUGCGAGUGCUGCACCCGCAGCGGUGGAGUGAUCAGCUGUGGCUGCUGCUGGGCGCGCUGGAGCACCACUGGCAGGGCAACGUCGGCUGCAACGUAUACCUGACCCCGGCAGCAUCACAGGGCUUCAGCCCGCACUACGAUGACAUCGACGCCUUCGUGCUGCAGGUCGAGGGCUGCAAGCGCUGGCGCUGCUACCAAGGGGUCAAAGAGGGGGAGGAGGGCGAGGAUCGGGAGGAGGACGAGGAUGAGGAGGAAAGCGGAGGGAGAGGGGGAAGGGAUGGGGAAGGGGAGGACGGGGAGGGGCCGACAGGGGUUGAGGAGGGGUUGCUGCCGCGGUUUUCGAGUCGGGAUUUCCGGCAGCAGGAGCUGAUACAGCCACCCAUUCUAGACGUGGUGCUGCGCCCGGGUGACCUCCUGUACAUGCCGAGGGGCAUCAUACACCAGGCAGAGGCAGUGGACGACCAGCACUCGCUGCACCUCACCAUCUCCGCCUCGCAGCGCAACACCAUGGCAGACUUUCUGCACCUUGCACUGCCGCGUGCCAUAGAGGUAGCAGCAGAGGAGCAUGUGCUGCUGCGGCACAGCCUGCCACGCGACCUGUUUGACUUCAUGGGCGUCAUGCACGCUCCGCCACUCCCUGACGCCCCCACGCACACCCACAGCAACGGCAACAGCUACACUCAUGCUCCAGCCCACGCUGAUGGCACCAGCCUCGCGGCGGCACCUGCAGGGGCGUCAGAGGCCGGAGGGGAUCCACGGCGUGCUGCAUUUUUGCAGCGCGUGCAGCAGGCAGUGCAGCUCGUGGCAGCAUGCGGCCCCUGGGACUCCGCCGCUGACCAGAUGGCCUCCGCUUUCCUCCGCUCUCGCCUCCCCCCCUUCCGUGCUUCCUCUCUCUCUAUCUCUGCACCCUCUGCCUCCCAGCAAGCCCAGGAGGGAGGGGGUGGGGAAGGUGGGAAGGGCGGGGGAGCAGCGGGCAAGGGGCAAGGGGGAAAGGUGCACAAGAAGUCUCGUGUGAGGGUGAGCGUGGAGGGGGGGUGUCGGUUGGUGGUGGAGGAUGGGGUAGCGGUGGUAUACCACAUGAUGGACAACAGAAGAGAGGUGCACAAUAAGGGGGAGGAUUCAGGCAUGGAGCAAGGGGAGGAGCAAGGGGAGGGGGAAGGGGAGGAAGAGGAGACGAUGAUGUCCGGAGGGGUGGACGGGGGUGCGGCGACAGGCCGAUCGCAAGUCAAUCCAGGGGAUGCGGCCAUGUGCGUAGAAGAGAAAGAGGAGGGUGAGGAAGAGGAGGGGGCAGGCGGGGAGGGUCGGUUGGAGUUUGAGUUGCAGUGGGCGGAGCUCCUGGAGGAGGUGGUGCAGCUGGAUCAAGGCACUGCGCUGGGACCUCUGCUCAAACGCCUCUCUGCAGACUGGGAGGGGCCUGCCGCUGCUGCCACGGCUGGCAUGCUCAGUGUUGUGCAAGUGCUUGUAGACCAUGGGGUGCUUGAAAUAGUAGCCACUGCCUCUUGUCCUCUCGCCCUUAACUCGUCCACCCCUUCUUCCGCCUUCUGCCGCACCUUCACGUUCCGCGAAGCCUCGUACAUCUCCUUUGCCGCAUCGCCAUCUCCUCGCCCCACCCACAUGCACUCAGCAUCUAACCUCUCCGCGUCGUCCCACCAUCGCUCUCUCUCUCUCUCUCUCUCUCUCUCUCUCUCUCUCUCUCUCUCUCUCUCUCUCUCUCUCUCUCUCUCUCUCUCUCUCUCUCUCUCUCUCUCUCUCUCUCUCUCUCUCUCUCUCUCUCGCACGUUCAUCCUCGUGCCUCCACCUGCUUUCCGCAUACUCAUCUGCUCGCCCGCAUCCUUCCGCCCGUUCUCGUGCGCCCUCGCCCGUCGCCACGUGGCGCGGAGUGCGCGAGGUGCUGCCGCCGGCCGGGGGUCGCUGGCAAGCGCCGUGGAUGGGGGGAGGCGGAGGCGGAGGCGGAAGCGGCGCGGCGGUGCACGGGCUGGGUCACCGCGCGCUGAGAGAGGGCAUAGAGCGGCAGGUGCGAUGCGGGGAUGGGGCAUGACGAUGGGGGUUGAUUGGGGGGCGGGGGGGAAGCGAGCACCAAGACCUCUCCCCUCACCCCCACUCUCGUCCUCCCUUCCCGCCCAUCCCUCCCCUUCCGCUCCUCCCCGGCCUCCUUCCCCCCAUCAGUCCGCCCUCUACCACGCCGACGCGUCGCACAGGACACGCCGCCGUCUGCUCGCCGCGCACGCGCCCGCCGCCUCCGCCGUCGCGUCCGCCGUUGCGGGUGGGGAUAGUCCCGCGCGGCGCCGGCUAGGCGGAGGCGGAAGCAGCAGCAAGGGCGCGGAAAAGGUGGAGAAAAGCGGCAGCGCGAAGGACGUGGGGAAGUCGGCGCGCGACCCCAGCAGCAGCAGCGGCGGAGGGGCGGGCGUAAAGGGCGUGGGGACCGCGGGGAGCGCGGCGCCCCUGGGGCCGGUGGGCGCGGGGAACGGGACGUCCGUGGUGCCGUACAGCAUGUGGGGGCUGGCGCUGCCCACCGGGUCGUACUACCUGAACAUAACGGUGGGCACGCCGGGGCAGGAGGUGGCGGUGGUGAUGGACACGGGCAGCAGCCUCAUGUGGCUGCCCUGCGACUGCAUCGACUGCGCUGCUGACGACUCGCUCGCUGCGGCAGCGUACGAUUCCUCCAAGUCACCCAACUCCUCCGUGGUGCCCUGCAGCAGCCCCCUCUGCCUCGCCGACUACACCUUCGGCUGCAACCGCUUUGACGCCCCCCCCGCCCCGCCCCCCGCUCCCUCCUCCGGGGGCCUGCUAGAGGGCCUCCUGGGCGGGGGCGCGGAGGCGGGGAGCGCGGGGGAGGGCGGGACGGAGGGCGCGGAUGGAGAGUGCGAGUUUGUGUACUCGUAUGCGGACAACAGCAGCACGAGUGGGCGCGUGAUGAUCGACACGCUGGACCUGCCCACUGUGGCCGAUGGCAUGGUCAGAGACAAGAUGCUCUUUGGGUGCGGGCAGUACCAGGCGGGGAACCUGGCCAAGUCGAGCUACAUCUACGGGCUCAUGGGCAUGGGAGUGGGGCCCAUCUCGCCGCUCACACAGCUGUACACGGCGGGGCACGUGCCCUUCGCCUUCUCCUUCUGCUUCGACUCUGCUAACGACACGGGUUCGCACCUUGUGCUCGGCCGCACGCCGCCCCCCCCUGCUCUGCGCUCCACCACCCUCCUGCCCAACGACCGGCCGUUCUACUUCAUAGACGUGGUGCGCAUGACUGUGGAGGGCGCCACGCUGCCCGGCAGUGAGAACCUCGCGCCCACCAACGCCACACAGGCCGCGCAGGGAGCAGGUGGGAGCACUGGGGGUGCGGAGAGCAGGGGCGGCGUGAUAGUGGACUCGGGCACGACGCUCACCAUCCUGCCCUCCGACCUCUAUGCCUCCGUGCUGCAGACUGUGUUUGCAGGGCAGGAGGUGUUCUUCGUGCCCGAGCUCAACCUCGACUGCAUCGUCCUCGGCUUCUUUGACGGCGCCCCUCCAGCAUUCCCCGUGAUCCACAUGGAGAUGGCAGACGGGGCCGUGUGGAGCAUCCCCUCCUCCAACUACCUCAGCCGCUUCGACGAUGGGUUUGACCAGUACUACUGCGCCACCAUGAUGGCUGCGCCCGACAACUUCCCCGUCUCCGUCAUCAUUGGCGAGACGUGGGUACUGGACACAUACAUUUCGGUUGACAUCGAGAAGAAGCAGCUCGGAUGGGCUCCCCUCAACUGUUCAUCGGGCGAGUACCUGACAUUCAACUACACGCGAGACCCCUUUGCCGACAUGACUUAUCUGCAGCCCCCUCCACCCACUGCCGCCGCGGCUCCGCCCUCCUCGGGCUCUUUGCUGCCUGCGUGGGCCAACCCCCUCGCCUCUGCAACCCCAUCACCCCCCUCCAACGACUCCUCCAACUCCUCCGCGCCCUGGUCAGCAUCCAUAUGGAAAGGUAACAUCUGA